UCAGCUACCGUAUGAAACAUAUAUUAAACGAAAUUAAUUCGCAUAUGUGUUUAACUAAAAAAUAUACUGUAACUUGUAACAAAAUAAUCGCUGCGGUAGAUUUUCAUAGAAGAGCUAUCGGAUUUUCUGAAUUAUUAAAAGCAAGUUUUGGACAAGUCUAUUUAUUGUUAUUUGUAAUGGGUGUUUGUUCAGCAAGCAUUAACUUAUUUAACAUAUCUCGGAUAAUGACAAUGGAAAAAGAAAUUUUAGAAAUUAUUAAAUCUAUUUUUUUGAUAAUGACACAUAUUAUAUAUUUAGCAUUAGCUAAUUAUGCUGGCCAAGAAUUCAUAAAUAAUGAUACGCAUUUCUAUCAUACGAUGUAUGUUACAUAAUUAAUUUUUGCAAUACUUGUCGCUUUUUAAGUUAUAUAAUCUGUAUUGUACUAUUUGGAAUUUUAAUUUCAAUCAUUUAGAUGUAGUACAAAAUGGUAUAAUGCUCCGUUAAAAACACAAAAAUUAAUACUUUUUUUGAUACAAAAGACUACAAAAUGUUACAAAGUUGAUGCUGGUGGUAUGUUUAGUCCCUGUUUGGAAGGUUUAGCAACAGUAAGUAAAUUUUACUGAAUUAAUAAAAAUGUAUUUGCUUAUCAAUUACAGUAUAAAUAUUUCUUGUUUUAGAGUUUAAGUAUGUCAGUGUCAUACUUUAUGGUUCUUUACUCUGUGUAAUUAUUGAAUUUAAAACUACAAAAAUUUAUUUUAUUAUUGUUUUUGAAAAUAGA